GACAGUCAUGUAAUAUUUUUUUUCAUUUAACCUAAUUUGGUAUUAAAUCAAUAAAUUUCAGUUACAAUUACAACAAUAUUAUAAUUUUAGGUUGAAGAAACAUUCUGCGUUCCGCCUUCAAGUCGCCGCCAUCAUCAGGAAAAAUAAAUUGUUAAAAGUUUCACUGUUUGACCAUGAAUUCCACACCGAUUGCUUUGAACAAAGCGGCGAUGCGCAAAUAUGAAGAUCUGGAGGUGCCCUGCGAUGCUAUUUUGGCAAGUUACGUGUGGUUGGAUGGUACUGGAAUUAACCUCCGGUCAAAGGACAGAACCUUUGACUUCAUACCUAAGGAUCAUAAAGAUUUACCGAUCUGGUACUUUGAUGGCAGCAAUACUGCGCAAGCUAACCCGGACAAUUCCGACACGUUUAUAUUCCCCGAAGUGAUUUACCACGACCCGUUUAGACGUGGAAACCACAUAUUAGUGUUAGCCGACACGUACCAGUUCAAUUAUCAGCCCACAUCGUCAAAUCACCGGAAAAACUGUACGAUAAUAUGCGAGAAGGGUGAAGUGGAGGAGCCCUGGUUUGGCUUUAAUCAAGAAUUCAUCUUGACAUCGUCUGAUGGACGUCCCCUAGGUUGGCCCGUUGGUGGAUUUCCCGCGCCUCCCGGGCCUUAUUACUGCGCCAUAGGGUCGGAUAAAAUAGUUGCGAGAGAUCUUAUGGAAGCCUUUUACAGGUGCUGUUUAUACGCUGGAGUUCAGUUAAAUGGAAUAAAUCCGGGAACGGUGCCCUCCCAGUGGAACUUCCAGGUCGGUCCAAGUCCUGGUAUUCGUGGAGCGGAUGAUUUAUGGAUGGCUCGGUACAUUUUAUCACGACUCGCCGAGGAGUACGGCACGGUGGCCUCCUUCGAACCACAGCCCACAGCGGAUUGGCCGGGAAACGGUACCUUUGUGUACUUUUCCACCAAGGACAUGAGAGAAGAUGACGGCAUAUUAGUGAUCGAGCGGGCUAUAGAUAAGUUGGCGCGUCGACACGGUGCCCACAUCAAUGAGUACGACGCUAACAAUGGGGCUGACAACGUGCGAAGGCUCGUCGGAAAAAAUGGAAUGCCACACAUCAGGGAUUUCACUGCAGGUGUGGCUAAUCGGAGUUGUUGCGUCAGGAUACCUCGGCAAGUUUCCGAGGACAAGCGGGGCUAUCUAGAAGAUAGGCGACCCGCAGCUAACGCAGACCCGUACCGCAUCAUAUCAAUUAUGCUCAAAACUUGUAUUUUUGAUGAGUGAUCGCUUCACGAAAUUCAUUCAAAGAAACAAGGCUUAAGCUUGCUAAAAAUAAACAUGAAAAUAAAAAAAAACUAUUUUACUA